AACUUUCAACUUCAAGUCAUCUCGACCGUUCAUCUGGACCGCUCUCGACCGCCCGAUCGCACCACCUCCCUCCUCUUCCUUAAGCCCCUCCCCCCCGAAUUUCAAAAUCCCACGCCCACACUCCAUUUCUCUCUCCUUCCCAGGCGAAUCCCAGCGGUCGAGAGUUCCCCAAAAUCCUUUGUUCCACUUCUUCAGCGAAUCACAGAAUGCCGUUCAUCUCGGACACGGCGAGCGCAAUCAAGAGCCGGUUUGGGUUCCAUGACCAUUCCUCGUUGGACUCCACGCCAUCGGUCCGCAGCACUCCAACUAUUCUGAAAUCUGCGUCGGAAGAGAAUCUUGCGCAGUCUUCUUCGGUAGUUCGGAGUAUCAGUAAUUGGGAUGGGGACGAAGGGGGAACCAGUAGCAGUAUCGGGCCGUCGAGCCAGAGUUUCGACUUCUGUGAGGACCCCUCGUUCUGGAAGGAUCACAAUGUGCAGGUUAUCAUCAGAAUCCGUCCGGUUAGUACUACUGAAAUAUCCCUACAAGGUUACAGAAAAUGCGUUAGGCAAGAAAGCUGUCAGACUAUCACUUGGACCGGGCAUCCCGAGUCACGCUUCACCUUUGACAUUGUCGCAGAUGAGCAUGUUAGCCAGGAGAAACUAUUCAAAGUGGCUGGAUUACCGAUGGUAGAGAACUGCAUGGGAGGCUACAACAGUUGCAUGUUUGCUUAUGGCCAAACUGGAAGUGGAAAGACUCAUACUAUGCUUGGAGACAUUGAGGGAGGCACUCGAAGGCAUAGUGUCAAUAGUGGGAUGACACCUAGAGUCUUUGAACAUUUAUUCUCCAGAAUUCAAAAGGAAAAAGAAGCUCGUAGGGAUGAGAAGUUAAGAUUUACUUGUAGAUGCUCAUUUUUGGAGAUAUACAAUGAACAGAUUCUUGAUCUUUUGGAUCCAUCAUCCAACAACUUGCAGAUACGAGAAGAUAUUAAGAAAGGGGUGUAUGUAGAGAACCUGAAGGAAACAGAAGUUACAAGUGCUAGAGAUGUUAUACAACUACUUAUUCAGGGGGCAGCCAACAGAAAGGUAGCCGCUACUAAUAUGAAUCAUGCUAGCAGUCGUUCUCAUAGUGUAUUUACCUGUAUCAUUGAAAGUAAGUGGGAAUCUCAAGGUGUAACUCAUCACCGAUUUGCUCAGCUUAAUCUUGUGGAUUUAGCUGGAUCUGAAAGGCAAAAGAGUUCUGGUGCUGAAGGUGAACGUCUAAAGGAAGCUACUAAUAUUAAUAAAUCUCUUUCGACAUUGGGACUUGUGAUCAUGAACCUAGUGAGUUUAUCCAAUGGAAAGUCUCUCCAUGUUCCUUACCGGGAUUCUAAGCUAACUUUUUUGCUUCAGGAUUCUCUUGGAGGAAAUUCAAAAACAACUAUCAUUGCAAAUAUCAGUCCUUCUAGUUGCUGUUCCUUGGAGACACUGAGCACGCUGAAGUUUGCACAACGUGCUAAAUUUAUUAAGAACAAUGCAAUGGUGAAUGAGGAUGCAUCUGGAGAUGUUAUUGCCAUGAGGAUGCAAAUUCAACAACUCAAGAAAGAAGUAUCUCGCCUUCGAGGGUUAGUAAGUGGAUCAGAAAAACAGGAUAAUGAUACAUUCGCAGAAAGCUUCCCUGGAUCUCCAGGAUCCUUUAAGUGGGAAGGAUUAUAUGGAUCUUCUAGUCCUCUUGCCUCUGGCAAAAGGAUGUCUCGAAAAAAAGAUUAUGAAGUUGCCCUUGUUGGGGCUUUCAGGAGGGAGAAGGAUAAAGACAUUGCAUUACGGGCUCUGACUGCUGAAAAUCAGGCAGCUGUGCAGCUGGCCAAACAAAGAGAGGAUGAGAUACAGGGCCUAAAAAUGAGGCUAGGUUUUCGAGAAGCUGCAAUAAAGCGGCUAGAAGCAGUUGCCUCUGGGAAGAUCAAAGCUGAGACACACUUACUGAAAGAAAAGGAGGAACACUUGAAGGAAAUUGAAAUCCUUCGUGCCCAGGUUGAUCGAAACCAAGAAGUGACCAGAUUUGCCAUGGAAAAUCUCCGGCUAAAAGAAGAAAUUAGAAGGUUAAAGUCAUUUUAUGAGGAAGGUGAACGGGAUAUGAUGAAUGAACAGAUUCUGGUGUUACAAAACAAGUUGCUGGAAGCACUGGAUUGGAAACUUAUGCAUGAGUCAGACCCCAUAAUUGUUCAGAAAGAAGUUUCAGAUGUGGUGAUGGAAGAAGUUCAGGGUGAUGGUAAUCUACUGAUUUCCAAUCAGGAGGGAGGAUCAGCCAGGAGGUCUUCAAUUAGCGAGGAGAAUGAAUUCCUCCGCAUGCAGGCUAUUCAUAACCAAGCAGAAAUGGACACACUCCACAAGGAACUUGAAUUUUGCAUUGAAGAGAAAGAAAAAAUGGAAAGGCAUGUCAAUGAUUUGGUAGUAAAACUCGAGGAAGAGAGAACUUCCAGGGCCACAAAAGAAGGAACACUGCAAGUUGAGCUUCCUUCUCUAUCAACCAAUGCUUCCAUUAUUAAUUUGAAUGACCAAAUGGAGCUGAAAACAAUGGUUGAUGCCAUUGCUGCUGCAAGUCAAAGAGAAGCUGAAGCUCAUGAGACAGCAAUUAUGUUAUCUAAAGAGAAUGACGAACUGCGGAUGAAGCUCAAGGUCUUGAUUGAGGAUAACAACAAACUCAUUGAAUUGUAUGAAAGGGCUGCUGCUGAAAGUAACUACAAAAGUACAUACAAAGCUGAGAGGGCUGAAGGUGGAAUUGAAGUUCACAAUAGUGACAGUUUCACUGAACUUGUAAAAGAAAAAGAGACGGGGAUGAAAGAAGUGGUUGAGAACCUAGAGCAUCAGCUUAUAGAAAUUAAUGAAGAGAAUGAAAAAUUAUUGGGUUUGUACGAAAAAGCCAUGCAAGAGAGGGAUGAAUUCAAAAGAAUGCUUUCUUGUGGACAGAGAAGAGCUGAAAACAAAUUAGAAUUUGAUUGCCCAGAAAAGCUUGUAGAAGUUGGUGUGGAUCAUAUUGAGUCAGGUGAACCUCCUAUGUCUUUGGAGGCUAGAGAUUUAAUUGUGGAGACUGCUCUCCCAGACUUGAGCCUGCAGGAUAGAAGUCAUGCAUUUGAGAAACCUAAUAUAUCUGGAGGCGUGGAAGUUCUUCGGGCAGAAAGUGAUUUUGCAGAAUUAGAUCUGCAAGUUGGGUCCAGCCAAGGUUUUGGGAAUUCCCAAAUAAUGAUAGAAAAUCAAACUGAUUCUUCUUGUCUGUCAGAUGGGCCUCCUUGUGUUAGAGAAAACACGUCAGUGGAGGAAAGCACAGAGUUAGUUGAACCUAUUAUAUCUUGUGAAAUCAAAAUUUCUGAUGAAGACACUGUCAUGUCUGACCUACAUCCUUUAGAUUGUCAUGCAGAUUCUGCAAAUCCGACUAAUGUUGGGAGCCUUUCAUAUAUGGAAACAGACCCAUCAAAUCUUAGUUCAGCAAAGCUCUCAGAUCUGAAUUUGGUCAGAAUGAAGCUGGCAAGGGCAGAUGAACAACUAUUAGAUUCUGCUAAGAGUAUUACUAUGCUUCGCUCACUUGAGAAACAAAUUAGUGAGGUUGAGAAGCUCUCAAAAAAAGUUGAAGAAAUGAAAGAUGGACUUGAGGAUAAGAGGCAACAACAUGAAUCACUUAAACUCACUACCGCAGAAAUGAAAGAAAGAAGGGCUCGUACUGACAAGAAGUUAUCCGCUCUCAAAUACUCUCUAGCAAGCUUCUCUUCGUCUCUAGUAUAUUUUGACCAACGAGAAGCCCGGGCAAGAUCAAGAGUAACUGCUUUGACAUCUUACUUGGACCGAAAGAAAGAUGAAUUGGCCUGUCUUCAGACCCAGAAGGAUGAAAUUGAGAAGGCACAUAGGAAGAUUAAACAGACCGAAUUUGAAUUAAGGAACAACCUUGCAUGCUUGAGAACAAAAUUGGAAGAAGAAAAUAGGAAACAAGAGAAUGAAAAGGUUUUAUUUGCCACAGAAAAUAUUGAGAAAAUAGAUCCCUCGCAGAAGUUAUGGCAUUUGGGUGGCAAAGCUACUGAAUUGCUCAAGUCAGAGGAAGAGAAAACCAAGUUGCAAACUGAGAUGAAGCUAUCUCUGGAAAAACUUGGAGAUAUGAGAAGGGAAUCUGAUGAUUUGAAAUCAAAGCAUGAAAAGUUAGAUUCUGAGAUGCAAGCAGCUCAAGCGGAGAUGGAGAAACUUUUACUUUCUGUGGAAGAGAAGGAGCUUGCACUUCAGGGUGUAAUACAAGAGAAGGCAACACUGUUGGAGAUUAGAGAGAAUGGGAAGACUGAGAUUGAAAAGAUGAUUCUUGAAUACCAGCAGCAUGUGUUUGAAGCAGAUUUGAAGGAGUCUGAGACGAGAAUUAUUGAGGAAGAAAUACAGACGGAGUUGAGAAGGAUAGAAGAAUUAGGAACAGCCAGGUCUACUGCCACUGAGGAGAUUACCCAAUUAUUGGAAGGCCCUUGGUGUAAUUCAUGCUGCUUGUCGGAAAAGAUGAAAGAAGAGCUGCGAAGUGUCCGGGCGUCUGUUAUUGAGGCAAAGUCAUUGUUGGGGGAAGGCAAGUGAAGUGAAAGCUAGUGUCAUUCGCUUUACUGUUAUUACACCGUGUACUGAAUAUUCCAUGCAGAUAAAUGCAAAAGCUGUGGUUAAAGCACUCGUUAUUAUCCACAAUCAUUACCAUUCUUGUAAUGAUUCUGUAAUGAGUAGAUUUCAGUGUUUCUUUCUCUUCUGUUAAUAGACUUGAGGUUUUAUAA